UCGAACCGUUGGGACGGUGUUUCGCUGCCAGUGCGCGAGAUCGUUUUUAGCUGGUGAGAUUUUUUUUUUGCUUCAACGAACGAAUAAGUGACGAACCUGACUGAGCUGUUGCAGUGAAUUUUGAGUUUUAUUUUCGAGUUUGUAAAGCGGAGGCAAAGGAUUGUGCAAUAGUGUCGUGACCUGAGGUGAGCGGGAAGGUACAAUUUAGUUGCUCCACAAUCAGCUGAUAGUUCUUCGACGGGAAGGGGAAUUCUUACAGUUCCGGCUACGGCGCUCGUAAAAGAGAACUUGAACCGGUCGUCGCGAAUGUGUCACCACGAGUUCGCUAUGCAAGUGUUUGGAGUUUGAAUCCACGGUCUUAACGACGUACCGCGGGCUAGCAAGAGAACCGGAGGGGUAGGCUCAAGCGGCAGCAACGGCAGCUAGCUGAAAGAAGGUGGUGAAAUCGAUAUUGUGCAAUUGAUUGGUGGUUGUUUUCUUUCUUUUCUACACAUUGCUAUACUGGUUGGCAGCGUAAGGGAAGAAAAUGUGAAAAUUGUGGUUUGUUCGGCGAGUGUUUUUUUUGGUGUGCUGAAGUUAUCAAAGCAUCAGUCGAGAAGAUGGUAAAAUUUAAUUGCCAUCGGCGUGUGUGUCUAUAAGUAAAUUGCAGCGGCGCUAGCAGGAAAAUAAAAAGAGGAAGCGUUAACUGGCCAAAAGAAAUCCCAAGUGCGGUGAGCGAAAGAUCACACACACUCAAUCCGACCAAACAUUGUGCAGUUUUCGUUUUGUUUUGAGUGUUGAAGUGAGAGGAAAAACGAACCGAGAUGGGGCACUUUCAAUGCAAAUCGCUUGCAUACAUGUGCAUUCUGUUGCUGAAUGUUGGAUUACUCUUGCAGCAAUCGUCAGCGCAGCAAAGCAAUUUCUUCUUCGGUCAGCCGCAGAGUGGCCGGUUCGUGCCAUCGUUCGAGAAUCCUCGCAAUGGGUUUUUUCCUUCGUCCAUUCAGCGGAAUCAACCGCCCGAUUCGUACCAGGAGCAGACGCUCUUCGUGGGCAAUUCCAACAGCAAUCGACAGCCGGCGAGUCGUGGAGUGGCAACCGGUAGUGCAGACCGUGGAGCAGCAGCGGAUCCCAACGGUGUAACGCCGCCGUCAUACUUUCAGUUCACUUACACGACACCAAGAAGCCCGGAUAUUUUCGAAAUAUCACCUCGUCCGUUCUCGGUGACACCCCAGCCCAACUCGGGUUUCCAGUAUUCGCGUGGAUCGCUGAGGAAUGAGUAUUUCGGCGGUGGGAUUCCUAGCUCGAACAGAAACUUCCCUAGCAGCAGCAGCAGCAGCUCCGGUAUCAGCAGUAGCGGCAGUAGUCACAGUUAUCGCCAGACGCAGAGAAAAAGUCCAUUCAGCAGUAGUGCCACCGGGACCAGCUUGACUAAUGUUGAACCGUUAUCGACCGAAGGACCACAGCGUCCGGUGGCGGCGACGGAAACGGGCGGAAGACGUGACCAGCCGCUAUCGUACAUCUCGAACCGGGCGCGACCAUUCGGCAACGAGGAUGCGCAGCCGUCCCGAGGCUUGCUGGGAUCGACGGCGGCACAACAAAGGCAGCAGCAGAGUCAGAACAGCUCGCAGCGGCAGCCACCGUCGGCGGUGCGGAACGGUUUCCGACCCAAGGCGGAAGAUCAGUCCAGCCAGCAGCAGAAUGAGACGAAUAACGGUAGCGCCGGUAGUGGCGUCGGCAGCAGUAGCAAUCGGUACAGCAAAACUACUGUGAAGCCCAAUCGAUAUCGAUCUACGACCACGCUGGAGCCGGUCACUGCCAAAAGUACCACGGUUGAGAGCGUCGUGCUGAGGAAUCGAUUUUCCGGACGCUCACCGGCCCCAAACCCCUUCCGACAGGCAUUCGACUCCAAGCGAGUAACCACUCCGACCAGUGUGACUACAUCGCGUGGAACCUUCAUUAAUUCGAUCAAAAGCAAAACAUCUACCAGUACACCGACGACGACCACCACCACUACCAAGGCGGCUCCAUCGUCCCGAUUCAUCCACCUACCGGCUCGGCCAGUGAUCCCAUCGAUCAACAUCACCCACAACGGUUCGGCGAAAUCGGCGGAAGUGAUCUACGAUUACGAUGACUACGAGGAAGACUCAAAGGAUGGAAACGAUUUCACCGACGAGCAGCAGGAGAUAAAAGAUUUCAAACCAACGUCGCAAAAAAACAAUUCGAUCAGUGUUGGUAAGGAUGAGAACAAGCCAGUGAGCAGCACGACAAUUGGUGCUCCGACUAGUACAUCCGGGAAGGAGUACGAAAAUGAAGAGCGAGGAGGUAGUUUAAACAACAUAAACGAGAACGAGUAUUAUGACGUUGUGAGUGAGGGCGACGGGCAGAGGAAUGCUGAGAAGAUCGAGGAUCAUACGGUUAUUUUGACGGAUAACUUCUAUUUGCCGAAUUCUGGUUCGGAAGAAGUCAUUGACGAGGAAUUUGGAGAAGAACAGACAGAGGAGCAUGAGGAGCCGAAGAAAGAAGUUCCAUCUGUGGUUCCGGUGCAAGAAGACAAAAAAGAAGUGGAACCUGUUUACGAUGACGAUUAUGUCUAUGAAGAUGAGGAGCCUGUGGUCAGCACAACUGCACCGGCUGAUGUCAAACCAUCAGCUCCACCAGUCAAGGAAGAACAGAUUGACGAUUUUGAUACACUGAUUUACUCAGAGGAAGAUGCUGUAGAAGAAUCUCCAGUUAACCAUUCUUCGGAAAAAACUGAACCGGCAACUACUCGUGCAACGACAACAGAAGCGACCUCGACUGCUACUAGUCCGGCACCUACUUCGACUACGGAAUCAGCAAGCCAAGAAAUAAGCAGCACAACAGAACGAACACUAAAUAGUUCUGUGGAGGUGGAAUUGACUUCCAAUGCAACCACUGAGAGCUGGGUAGUUGUAGCGUCGGUUCAAACUAGCAGAAGUGUAUCCGGAGCUCGUUUCCUGCCAUUCGCUCAGGUUGAACAGGAAGAAAAGAAGCAAAGUUUGUCGGAGCUUGAUUCGAAGAAUAGCAACGAAAAUGAUGAACCUGAAAUAACUACAGCGAAUAGUCAGGAGAUCGACAGAACAACAGUUGCCCCACAAGAACCUGUGAUUGCAGUGACUGACGACUCGGAAGUUCCGACCACCGAAAAGACGCUUAGUCAUUUGUCGUUAUCUACAGAAAGCAUCAAUGAUAAGCUGGAUCGAGUUCAGUCAGAGUUAUCCGUUGGGGUUCUGACCGGAAAGUUACCAGUGCUGAAAGAAAUGCCUGCUGAUGAUUCAAAGAAUCCUAGCUCCCUUCCAUCAGUUGUCAUCCGAAAAUUCCAACCCAGAGUUACCACAACCAAGAAACCUCGUCCAGUAUUUACGACUUCGCAGAGACCUACGACUAGUACCGAAAAUUUGGCUAAAAAAAUAAACUUUGAAGCCAUUGCCGUGGAUGAUAUUUCCUUCCUGUUACCCCCCGACUACAAGCAGAAGAAUGCGUACAAGGUGAAGAAAUUCGGAGUGAGUACCACAACACAUGAACCGUUGGCAGCUGCGAAGGACGUAUUGAACGAAGAACCCUUGAGACCAGAUUUUGGCUACCGCUUCCGACCCGCAAACAUCAGUAGAUCCUACAAAAGCAACGCACCGAUCCAGGAGUUAAGUUCCCUACUGCCGAAGGAUUACCGAUCGAAUCGAACGGAAGACGAGUUAAAGACUACAAAUAAUCUGAAAGAGCUGAUUAGCAGAGUCAGAGUUGGCGAGAAACCAAAUGUGACUUUGGAUGUGUUGAAAAAAGCUCAACCAGUUGACAUUAGCUCAUUUUUGCCACCGGGCUACAAACCACCGGCCGAAUCGGGCUCCAGUACAAAGGCUCCCAAAGCAAGUGUGAUCGAGGAUGAUGUUAGUAAACUGCUGCCUCCAGGAUACAAAAAUUUCAAGACAACGAAGAAACCUACAACUACAACUUCCUCGCCGCCAGCUAUUGAAGAUGAUGUCAGUAAGUUCCUUCCACCAGGUUACAAACCCCCGAAGGGAGAACUUAUUAUCAACGACAAUAUUAGCAAAUUUUUACCCCCAGGCUAUAAGCCUCCGAAAACGGAAGUAUCCACCAAAGCAUCGAUCGUAUUCUCUGACGAUAUCAGUAAAUUUCUGCCACCCGGAUACAAAGCAUCAUCGGAUGAUAAGAAACCGGAACCUGAAGUCAUUGAUCCCUCCACUCUGUUAAACCAAAUUAAGUUCAAAGAUGUCUCGGCAUUGCUACCCGCAGGAUUCAAUGAAUCGAAAUCGGAACCGAGUCCCAGCAACACUAGCGAAAACAAUAACUUUAAAGUUGUAUUUCCCAGUCGACCAGGCAUUAAGAAACCAGGUUCAGGACGUUCUACGACUGCUAAACCACUGCACGCAGAAGGACCAGCGGUUCCAGAUAUAUUGAUUCGGAAAGGACCACCGACUCGUGCUACGACUGAGUUUACCGGAUGGCCAACGCCAUCAACGACGCCACUUUCAAUUGAAAAACUGCUGGAACGACAAAAGCAGCAAGAACUACUAGAGAAAUUACUCGUUGCAUCUAGUACUACUACGACUACAAGUACUACCACCACCUCAACGACUACGACACCAAGACCAACGGAGCCCGGUCUGUGCCAGUCGGAGUGUGAUCUGGCUGGUACGAUCCGUAUUGUCGAUGGUGUCAACUGGGUACCAGAGCUACUGGAUCAUAACACAGCCGAGUGGAAGCAGCUGGCCAAAGAAGUCGAAGCCCAGCUAAACGAAGUGUACAGCAAUGCUCAGAACCUAAGCAAAUGGUACAAAAAGGUGCGAAUCGACAGUUUCAGCAAGGGCAGUGUUCUGGUGGACUAUUUUGUCGAGCUGGCCGAUUUGACGCAGGACGUCAAUACACUGCAAAUCAAAAAGCUUUUCCACGAAGCGCUGAAGCCAGCUCCCGUUGUAACGACCACAGCUGAACCAAGCACGGAUCUGGACGAAGAUGGUGAUGGAGAGCAGGAGGAUCAUCCUAAGAAAGUGAAGGAGAAUUUACAAUCGCCGGUACCUCACGUGAAGGAGGUGUUCCUGCUGGGCAGAUUUAAGGUUGAUCCGGUUUCAACAGAUUUCACUGUCAUCCCGAAACCGAUACUUCCAACGGUAACUCUCGAGGAAGAAGAUCUCCUGCUACCCCAGUGGGCAAUCGCCGUCAUUGUUAUUGGUUUGGCAUCGCUUCUUUUUGUUGUCAUUUUCGGCGUCUCUGUGCUCAUCAACCGCCAAAAGGCAGCCAAGAAGAAGGCCCCAACGCCGCUGACUGCAGAUAUGCUGAACGAAUUGAAUAAGAAUCACAUGGGAGGAAUCGAUAACUUCGGUUCGGAAGAUCUGUACAAUCUAGAUGACACGUGGGAUGAUCAUACGCACGAUGUAAAACCAAAGCAGCGCUUCUCUAACUCCAUGCACGGCAGCAGUGCGUCGAACAUCUACGACAGCUGGCGCUCGCAGCGUCAUCCCGACAACUACUACUACGACGACUACGGGCUAAAGGGCUCGCACUAUCCGCCAUCCAGCCAUCACCACCACAGGUUAGCAGAUGCUGCCUUCAUGAUGCAUGAGCCACCACCACCGGUGAUGGCACUGUAUCCGCCGUAUCAUCACGCGCCAGCGCCCCCGAGCGGUCACUACAACACCAACUCGCGGCGAUACUACCGAGAUUAUGAUCCCAAUUUUUAAGGGGUCUCCGAUUUUCAUCCAUUCAUCCGCUCAUUCAUUACACAGUCUGCAGCUGUCAUCAUCUACGUCACACGACUUAACUUCGAGCUAGAGACAUUUUUAUUCUCUGAUUCAAUCCCCUCCGGGCAGUAGGUCUUUUCGGCUCGGAUCCUACAGUGCUGUACAUCUGUACUCCCUUAGUUUAUGUCGAAUAAGGCUUUAUCGUAAAGUAGGAUAAAUUCUAAUGUAAAUAAAUUAUUUAUUUUGUAAAA